AACCACCGGAUAUGACAGCAUAAGCGUAAGAACCAAACUUUAGCUUGUAGCCGUUUUGUAGCACGGCGCCUAAAUAAAAGCUGCCAGAGGCACGUUGUCGUGUUUUACCGCGUUCGACGGCGAUAUGGAGUUAUAAACAGGAUUUAUAAAUAGAGCGCUGAGGGAAUGGUCUGACUGCAGCAGUGCCCACAAAGAUGCACAGCCGUCUGCAGGAGCUGAAGAAGGAAGAGGAGACUCUCCUCAAAAUCAAAGUGAUGUUGCAAGACCAACUGAACAGACUGAAAUUUGAAGAAGGGGCCUUGAAAUCCAUCAUCAAUGCUCAGACAGAAGAAGGAGCCUCUCAGCGCCUAUCCCCGGAAACUGAGGUUCAAGUUAACCUUGAUGAUGAGAGCGAGAUCAAUCAAACCAAGCUGCUACUGAAUGCCGCUGUAGAUUAUGACAUGGAGGAGGAGGAAGAUGAAGAAGAUGAGGAGGAGGAAGAAGAUGAAGAAGAUUAUGAAAAUGAGCUUGGACUUGUGCCUGAGGAGGAUGAGGAUGAAGAUGAUUACUGAGAUAUUCAGUGGCUUCUAUGUUUGCACCACUGAAUAAGGCUGUUUCUUUGUUCACCUGUUUUGUACUACCAGUUGUUAAGUUUAAUUUAUUUGGAUGAAGUGAGUAGCAGUUUAAGUGUAAUGGUGUGCGGUAACAGUAUAUUCUUCUUUGCCUGAUUUCAUUUCAUUUCAUUUCAUUCAUUUGAAACCACAUUAGACUCCUCGUGUCAAACAUUGUGACAAACUGUGAGAAAGGUCUCACUAAGAUGCAGUAAGACAGUGUUCGUAGGUGCUUAAUAUAUAGCUAACUAGAUAUGUUGUGCAGAAGAUCAGAAACUGAGCAUCAAUUCACUUGAGGAUCAGAUGUUGAGAUAUGUCUGUUGGCAUGAAAAUGUAUGGCUGGGCCAUAUAAGAAUAUAGUGUGUAUACACUGUAAGAAAUGAUAAUUGUAAGCACAAAAUAAAAUGUUUUGCAUAGUGUU